AGUCAUUCGCAAGCGAUUCGUCUUCAUUUUUAGAUCGUCGACGAAUGUGUCCGCGUAGAGAAGUGUGUAACAUAUAGACAAAAAUCUAUUUUUCAAACCAAAUAAAAACAAUAAACACAGAAAACAUAAUUGUAUAUAGUGUGAACACAUUCGGGACCAUCGAAACGAACACAACAUCAAUUGAAUUGUAAUAAAAUAAAAUCGAAUUGAAUUGUCGAAUAUAAAGAAAAACGCAAAGCAAAAAAAAAAGUAGUUUUAUUCUUAAAAAAGGCAAAGUGUGGUUGAGAGCGUUGAUUUGAUAUGUGAUUGGGUGUAAUUUGUGUGUUAUUUUUUUUCUCUCUUUCAACAUCAGCAUAUACGCGAUUUGCCAUCGUGCAUGGUAUGUGCGUGCAUGUAUGAGUGUAUGUGGGAAUCAAAGAAUCGAUUUAAAAUCAUCAAAAUACCAACAGCAUAAUCGGUCUCAUAAAAAAACAGGCGAUAUAUUAUACUAUAUAUGUAUCAACAGUCACGGUGGAAAUAAUAUCGGAAUCAUUUCAAUGGGAAAGUGCUUUAAAAUCCAAUAGUGCCAUUUUUUGUGUCUACAAAUAUUAUUUCUUUCUAAUACAACAUAUAAAAAAAGGAAAUUAAAUAACAACACAUAAUACACACGCAAAAAGAAAAAAAUCUAAUCGAAAAGCGAAGAGUGAAAAAAAGAGCGUAUAAUAAAUUGCGUUUUUAAUUUGUUUUGAGUGAUUUUUAUCAGCUUGUAGUGGGCUCCAUUGCGAUUGACAUCGUCAUCUUAUAAUAAUCAUUCAAAUUGAAGGGCAAACGAAAGAGAGACGGAAAACAAUCGACUGUGCAACAACACUUUUUGUUCACGGCACUUUGGCGGCGAGAAAACAUCUGCGGCGGCUGCGGAAAUCGAUUUGAACCAAACCAAAAAAAAAAGUAGUUGCCCAUUUAUGGCCGAUUUUCAUAUUUUCCAUAUUUGCGAUUCAAUAAUGCAGAAAUAGGAAAGUCUCUACUAUAUAAUCGCAUAUACAAAAUUGCUGUGUAUAUUUUGCCGUUCAUUCAACGAGAAACAACAACAACAACGACGUCGACGACAAACAUCGGCAACGUCGUCAGUUUUCUCACUCGUCGCAUCUGUGUUUUUCUUUGCACCGUCUGUGGGGCGAACAGUACGUGUGUCAGUGUGUGUGUGAAAGAGAGGCGAUUGUAUUGGUGUGUUAGCAACACGCGGAAAAUUCAUCGUGGUUUUUCACCAAAUCAUCACAUUUAUGGCAUGAAAUGAGAAGGACAUCAUCAUGAGCCGUAACCAAUCACAGAUACCUUCAAAGAUGGAGCAUGAAUCGGCCGCAUUGGCCGCUGAACUGUUCGAUCAUUUCAGUUCGGCGACAACGAUGCGUCAAAUACUCGGUUUGUAUCACAGUAUGUGCGAUACAGUGUCGUUACGACCGGCCCCAAUAAACGAAUUCUAUCCGAAAUUAAAGUCAAAAAUUCGCAGUUGGAAAGCACAAGCGCUAUGGAAAAAAUUCGAUGCACGUCUAUCGCAUAAAGUGUACAAUAAGGGAUUGGCGUGUAAUGGUACUCGUGUAUUAGUCAUUGGAGCUGGUCCGUGCGGUUUGCGUACAGCAAUCGAAGCACAAUUGCUUGGUGCCAAAGUUGUUUUAAUCGAAAAACGUGAUCGAUUCUCACGAAAUAAUGUAUUACAUUUAUGGCCUUUUUUGAUCACCGAUCUUCGAAAUUUGGGAGCAAAAAAAUUCUACGGUAAAUUUUGUGCCGGUUCAAUUGAUCACAUUUCAAUUCGUCAAUUACAGUGCAUUCUAUUGAAAGUGGCACUUUUACUUGGUGUCGAAGUGCACGAUGGCAUUUCAUUUUUGAAAAUAUUGGAACCAAAGGACGGAUGCGGAUGGCGUGCUGAUAUCAGUCCAGCGGAUCAUGCCGUGUCACAUUAUGAAUUCAAUGUUAUGGUCGGCGCCGAUGGAAAACGUAAUACACUCGAAGGUUUUCGACGAAAAGAAUUUCGUGGCCGCUUAGCAAUUGCAAUUACAGCGAAUUUUAUCAAUAAGAAAACAUGGGCAGAAGCAAAGGUUGAAGAAAUUAGCGGCGUUGCCUUUAUUUUCAAUCAAGCCUUUUUCAAAGAAUUGUAUGAAACGACCGGAAUUGAUUUGGAAAAUAUUGUAUAUUAUAAGGAUGAAACGCAUUAUUUUGUCAUGACAGCAAAGAAGCACAGUUUAAUUGAUAAGGGUGUGAUUAUUCAAGAUUUCUCCGAUCCGGCCGAAUUACUAGCGCCGGCCAAUGUUAAUACAGAAGCAUUGCUUGCGUAUGCGAAAGAAGCCGCCGAAUUUUCGACAAAACAUCAAAUGCCAAAUUUGGAAUUUGCCGUCAAUCAUUAUGGUAAACCAGAUGUUGCGAUGUUCGAUUUUACAUCGAUGUUUGCAGCAGAAACGUCAUGCUGUGCGGUGGUUAAGAAAAAUUAUCGUUUGCUACAGUGUUUGGUGGGUGACAGUUUGCUCGAACCAUUUUGGCCAACCGGAUCGGGUUGUGCACGUGGUUUUCUCUCCAGCAUGGACGCAGCAUAUGCAAUGAAAUUGUGGAGUAAUCAACGGAAUAGUAUAUUGGCUGUGCUCGCACAACGCGAAAGCAUUUAUCGGCUACUUGCCCAAACUACACCCGAAAAUUUACAUCGUGAUAUUGGAUCUUAUACAGUUGAACCGGCCUCACGGUAUCCGAAUCUGAAUAAGACAGCUGUUGGACCGCAUCAAGUGAAACAUUUACUUGAAACAGACGACCCAACAUUACUCGAACAAACGUUUGUCGAUUCGAAUGCACUCACUGCCGUGCCAGAGACUUUGGUGCGCCGAAAACGACGCACAGGAGAUGUGGCACCAAUUUCUGCUGUUCUCCUGCGAUGGAUCAAAUCACAGCUGAGCUCAUAUGAAUUUCUUACAAAUCUGGAGAAUGCUGCUGAAUGUUUUACCAACGGUCAAGUUUUUUGCUGUUUGAUAAAUCGAUAUCGUCCGGAUUUGAUCGACCUAACAAAAUUAAAAGGUCUAAAUGUUGAGCAAUGUAAUGAGAUUGCGUUUUCGGUGAUUGAAAGUGAAAUGGGAAUACCAAAAGCACUGACCGCUGCUGAAUCGGUGACAUUGCAAGAUGUUGAUCCAAAAGUGUGGUUAAAUUAUUUGGAACAAGUGUGUGAGGUGUUCCGUGGUGAGAUACCGCAUGUAAAACAUCCAAAAUUGGAUCUGGAAAAAUUGCGUGAAACAAAGCGAGAAAUAGCAGCGCCUGAUUUUUCGAAUCUUUUGAAAUUAAAAUCCCAAUCAAAAGAUGCAAACGAACGACCGUCUGAUGAACCAGAUCGUGAACGACCGCGACGAUCUCGUCGAUUCGAUAAUUCAGCGUUGAGCACACCGCGUGCAACACCGGAUGCACCAAGUCGACGAUCGCGAAAACGUCGUAGUUACGAUAAAUUCGGAAACAUUGAAGAACGUGCCAAAAGACUUCAAGAAAUUGAAGCAAACCGGAAUGAGCGUCAAAGUAAACGUCGUAUGCAACGGGCCCAGCAAACGCAAAACUUUUACAAAAGUUUGCAACUUUUGCAAGCGGGCAAAAUGUUGCGCGAUGAAAAUGAUGAUGAUGAAAAUAAUGCAUUCGAAGAUUAUUCGAUCUAUAUGUACCGACAACAGGCGCCGGAAUUUUCAAGUCGUGUGAAGGAUCUCGAAAAAAAACUUCUUCAUCCCGAUCGUGAGCGUGGCAUUUAUUCGUCACUGCCAAAAGGUACACCCGAUGAGCAAUUUAACGAUCGCAUCAAAUCAAUGGAACAGCGAAUCGCUGGCCGAAAUCAAGUCACCACCGACAAGAAGCCAAAAGACUUACUACGGGCCAUUGGUAAAAUCGAGUCAAACGAUUGGAAUUUGCGUCAAAUUGAGAAGAAAAUUGAAGAAUCAAAGAAAACCGAAGUGGGCAAAAGUCGUGAAAAGGUGCCGAAGUGGAGUAAAGAACAGUUUUUGCAACGACAAAAUAAACUCACGCGACAAGACGAUCAAGAAGUGGACGAACGAUUCAAAGAUAUCGAUCAAACCAUUAAACAUGUUGAGAAACAAUUGAAGGACGGUGCACUUCGUGACGUUGGCGAACGCGGUAAAAAUAAAGUCGCUUCAAUUGCCGGUAAUUUCAUUAAAAAAGACGAAGCAAACACAAAUAGCGAAGAAAAAUUACAAAAAUCGAGUUCGAAAGCUGCACUGGUGUUCAACACGCAGAAAACGACAGACAUAUGUCAUUUCUGUAAGCAAAAAGUGUAUGUGAUGGAAAAAUUGGCAACUGAAGGUUUGGUUUUGCAUCGAAAUUGUUUAAAGUGCCACCAUUGUCAUACGAGCUUAAGAGUUGGCGGUUAUGCAUUUGACCGUGACGAUCCAGAAGGGAAAUUUUAUUGUACACAACAUUAUCGAUUGCCAGCGAAACAAAUGCGAGCGGCCAUUCGAAAGUAUCCACGGCCAGAAGCCAAAGAAAUGACUUCGUCGAAAAAUAGCAGCCCGUAUAAGACACCCGAAAAACCGGCUAGCCGUGCAGAAAGCCUGAAGCAAAUCGAUUUACUCGAUCGCGGUCAAACGCCCGAGCGCAUUGAAUUUGAGAAUAUUGACGCGAUGUCGGAUGGCGAACCGUCGAUUGGUAAUAUUAUCGAUGAAAAUGAAUGGACCGAUCGAAAUUUUGGCACAGCCAGCGAAGACUCGGAAUCGGACAUUUCGUCGACCGAUGAGUCGAGCGAUAGCGAUUCAGAUAUUUAUGAGGACGUCAACGGUUCGCCGAUAGAAGCACAAACACUUCAAUUGGCCAAUGAAUGGAUUGGAAAGCAACGCUAUACAUCAAAUCAGUACAGUGAUGAUGAUGAGUUUUAUGCGUCUAGUGAAGACGAUGAAGCCGAUAGUCAAACCGAAGGUGAAGAAUUGGAAAAGGCUAGAGCGAUUCGAAUGCAAGAGGCUAAAGUAAAACCCGUACAAUAUUUGCCGACAGACACUGAAACUGAGGUUCAAAGCGACUCAGAUUCAUCGUCAGCCGUGGAAUUGAAUUCAGCCACUGAAAUUUCUACUGACUCGGAAUUUGAACGUGAUCCAGUCACCCCACAAUACUCUGAAGACAAUAAGAAAGCAAUCAAUCGAAUUCAGGUGAAACAAGGUAUGAUCGAUACCAGUGUUCGUCGUGCGGCUGUGCGAAAUGCAAGCCAUGCUCAGAAGCCAAAGCAUAAUGUGCAUGUGUUUGAGCCACUUGUACGUGUUGAUCCAACUGUGAUACCGAAUCGUGAACCAUUACAAAAUCCACGGGUUGGUGAUUAUUUGCUAAAACAAACAGCAAGCACCGAAGGAAUUGCCUCGAAAAAGAGUUUAGAAUUGAAAAAACGCUACUUACUCGGUGACACCGGUUCAAGUGGCAUCAUGAAAUCCGAUUCAAUGUCAAUGUUGGAUUCAAAAUUCAAAAAUUUCCGUUCAACAAUUAGCGAUUGCCAAAAAUUAUUGAAUGCAGCCGUACCCGAUAACAGUGCGGUAACAAAAGUGUCAAAUAAAAAUCUAAUCAAUUCGGAUAAUGUGGUUGAACCAACAUCAGCAACACCAUUGACAACGAACCCGGCGACAGUUAUUCCAAAUAAAACCAAACUCAAUGACGAAAAAGAGAAUGUCUACGAUCAAAUUGUUAGCACACGCAAUGAAAUCAAUAAAACGGAAACAGUCAAACCAGCAAAAUCGGUGACUGGUGACAGUGAAGAGAAAACGACGAACAUUUUGGCCGAAAAUAAUAUCCGUGAUGCGACCACAAAAGUGAUUGAAAGUAAUGGUUCUGAUGUGAGUGGAAAACGUGUGAAUGCCGUUGAAAAUAGCAAAAGUGACAAUAAACGUAACUCAUUUGAAUACUCGGACAAAUUUAAGCAUAGUGAAGUUAUUGUCAGUGGGAAUGACAAUGUUCAUUCGUUGGACAAAGAGAUUUCCGGUGAUUACAAGCCAGUUUAUGACAAUCGAAAAGAAGGUGAUAGCAAUUAUUUCUCGAGUUCAUUAUCGGCGGAGAAGCCAAAAAGUUUAACAACGGUUUCGAAAAGAUCACAAGAAAUGGAAAGUAUUGAUCCAAUUCUUAAUAUGCCUUGCAUCGUUUGGGCACAAUCGAAGCGACCCGAUUCGGAUACAUUUUCAUCGAGCACAAGUAGUCCGGCCGAAAUUCCACAUUUCAUAUUGGAUUCGACGAGUCCAGACACUCAAGCCACACCAAGCGAAUCGAGUAGCAAUAAAAUUGAUGAUUUGAUGCAAAUGGACAGUCUUAUGCUGAUUGAUGGCAAGUACAUUGGUGAUCCAGAGGAUUUGAAACUGAUGAAAAUGCCCGAAAGUUUUGCAACAACCACGACGACGACAACAGCAUCGCUUCCGCCUAUGUCAACGGCCACAAAUAAAACCGUUAUUCAUGUUCAGGGCGCAGAGAAUGUUAUUGACGUAAAACCAGAACCAAAACAGGAAUCGAUGAAAAUUGAACCGAAAAUCGAACCAAAAACUGAACAAACAAAAGCCUAUAAAUAUGAACCGAUUUACAAACGUCCCGGUUUCCGUUUCGACUCGAAAAAUGAGAAUAAAAUCGAUACAUUGAAGAACAUUCCAUUAAUUUUAUCGGAUGAAAAUGAGAAACCGGCUAAACCGAAUCAGCUACCAAUUACCUCACCCAAAACAGCCACCGUGCCGGAAUCACCGGACGACAAUGAUAAAACACCAACCGCUUCGGAUCCGGGCAAUCUUUUAGAUAAAUCGAAUCAUUCUGAUUCAGAAACUGAAAUGACAUCGCAUUUGGUGCUUACCGAAACCGAAUUAUCUGACUGGACGGCCGACGAUGCGGUUUCGGAGAAUUUUGUCGAUAUGGAAUUUGCAAUGAAUUCAAACAAAGGCACAAUUAAACGCAACAAAAAGGCAAGGAAAAGAGACAGCCAUUCAUCGUCGAAAGACAAGCAAACUGGCCAAGCGCCAAUUGCAAAAAAUCUGGAUUUUGACGAAUUGGAAUUUAUGGACACAGGCUCUGAAGAUAGCUACAUGGAAACAUAUGCGGCUACCAAUAACGCAAUGUUAAGCAAUCGCGGUUAUGUGCAAUUUAUAAACACGCAACCAGACAAUUCGGCAACCAAUUAUUACAAUUAUAAUAAAAAUAUUUUGCAAAAUAAACCGACACGCAUUGAAUUGGGCAGAAGCAAUAGCAUGAAUCGAUCAAAUGAAUUCCAUCGCGAUAAUUAUUAUAUCGAACAAGGUGCAUUGCUACAUUCAAACGAUAAUGAUUUAAAAACACCGAUGAACGAAAGUCCGGCAACAAUUUCACCAAAAUUACAUGGCGACAGUCAUGAAAUUGAGGACGAUAGUCUUGUUAUGAUUGCAUCACAAUGUGGUAAUACAACAACCGAAGAAAGUGAUGCCCUAACCGUAGUUACCAGUCCAAUGGAAUCCGCUCCACGAUUCGAUGAAUCGUCUAGUUCAGUAAAAAUUAAUUCGAAUUUAAGUAAUGCAUCACCUAAUAAGAAAUCUUCCAGCACAAUUGAAUCGCCGAAGCAUCAAACCACGCACGAAUCAUCGUCGUCGUCGAAUCGCAAAAAUUCCGAUGACAUUACGUACGAAGAGUAUGUGCGUCAAUUGCAAAUGAAAAUUACCCAGAUUAGCAAUGCACGCGAUUCAAUUGAUAUUCGUAAGACAAAGCGUAAACAUGUGAAAAAUGAUAGCAUCAAUGAUUCCGUUUCCAGUCACCACCACCACUACCAUCAACAGCCGCAACAACAACAACAACCGCAUCAGCACCAACAUCAACCAUCCCCGAGUUCUGUGAUAGAUAAUAAUAGUAAGUCGUUAAGUAUUUAUGUUGGCCGACCGAAUAAUGAGCCGACAAAUGUGGUGGAAAAAUUGGAGGAGAUAAGUAAAGAAAGAAUCAAGCAAAAAGAUUUGAUUCAUGAUUUGGUGAUGGAUAAAUUACAAAGUAAAAAACUAUCGAAUGCUGAGAAACGUUUGAAUCGCAGUCGCAAUCGAAGCAGUGCAUUGAACAUAAGUCCGAAUACAUCAAUUUUGCCGCCAGUUGCAACACCGCCAUUAUCACAUUCACAUUCACAUUCGUCGUCAAGCAUGAGUCCAAAGUACACGUAUCAAGUGCAAGAGCCAGAGCGUCGACACUGUUUGCCCAAUAAAUCAAAGGCCCUAUCAUUGUCACCGACAAAAGAACUAUCGAUUGUAAAUCAAUUGAAUCAAAGUACCCGAAAAUCGGGUGGUCAACGACCACGCAGUGCAAAUGUUGAAGAAUACACCGUGUUUGAAACACCAAAAUUAUGUAAAACACAAUCAUUUUGCAUUCACACCACUCGCGAUUCAUCAGCAAUACCAUACCAAUUUGCCGAUGGUGCAAAUAUAUUUAGCACACCGGUAAUUUCGCGACGCAAGAAACUCGACGAAGAAUUGGCACAAACAACGGAAAAAUUACGACAAGAGGCUCGACUACGUGCUCGAUUGAAAUCAAAUCAAGAUUUGGGAUUGAGUCCAGAGGAGAAAAUUGCAUUGCUGCGCAAACGAUACAAUUUGGAUAAUACAAUGACAACAGCAUCAGCUGUUCCAUGUUCCACUUACAAUGUGGCAACGCCCAACAAAUCCGAUGAUAUGAAAGUGCGCGAAAAGAAAAUGAUCACAUCGAAAAGUGUUAAUGAUAUUUCAGCAAAUAGUUCACUAAUCGAAUGUGCACCAAUUAGCAUAAGCAGUCAUCGAAAGAAGGCAACCGAAUUUACAUCAAAUCCAAAUUUGGGUGGCGAACAAAAAACAUCACCGUCAAAGCGUCGACAAAAGGAUCCGGAACGACGCAAGAGCAUCAUACAAGCGGUGUCCGAUUUCUUUUAUAAAAAACGUGACAAAGACACAACAUCAUCGCCACCGAAAGAGAAAUCCGAAGGCAUGUUUGGCCGCUUGCGUAUCUCCCCGAAAUCGAAAUCCAAGUCAUGCUUUGAAUUCAGGAAUUUGGGUUUUGGUGAGAAAAUGGAAUUGUCAGCAGAGUUAAGUAAAUCGGAGAAUUGUUUAAGCGCCAAACACAGAGCAACCGAUUAUCCAGACAGUGCCCACUAUGAGUUAACGCCACCGCCCAUUCCUCCUCUACCAGUCAAUUAUCAACGUUCUGAUGAUGAAAGUUAUUUGUCGAAUGAAAAUCGUGAUCAAAAGAAGUUACGUGCACAUUACAAGGCAACGCGACAAGCCGAACUUAAGCGGCUGCGAAUCGCUCAAGAAAUUCAACGGGAACAGGAAGAGAUUGAGGUUGAACUGCGCGAUUUGGAGGCACGUGGUGUGAUGAUUGAAAAGGAAUUGCGUGGCGAAGACCAAUUGCCGGACUUGGUGGAUUCAAACGAGGUGAUUGGCAUGAAGGAUGACAAAUUACUCUCGGAAUUGAUGGAAAUUCAUAGCAGAAUAACACACCUUAAAAAACGCGAUGGUGAAUUGGGAAUUCGUCAAAAGGAAUUGCAACUGGAAUAUCGUCAUGCUCAGCUAAAAGAGCAAUUAAAUGUUCGCCUUUCUUGUGGAAGAUUGGACAAGAGUUCAUCGGAUGUAGCAGCCGAAGGAGCCAUUUUAAAUGAAAUGUUGGACAUUGUUGCAAAACGGGCCGCGCUUCGAGCGAAUGAUCCCCAACACGGAAUGAAUAGCAUUGAAAGUUUGAGACGGAAUUACUGAAUGAAACCAAAAAAAUGAUUCUUUCGGCAUUUAUGUGGAAUGUCCAAGACGUCUAAUGAAUAACAAGGAUACAAGGUCUAAAACUAACACUAUUUUGCAGCCAAAUGACAGAAAAAAAAAACAUAAUUUAAAUAGUUUGUAAGCUUCUUCAACGGUCGCCGAUAGUCGUGUGAACACACGUAUACAAACAAAUUCUUUCGCACAAAUUUCGUUUCUCUUCAUUUAUACUUUUGUUUUGAAAACAUUUUUUUUUUAAAUAAUUCAUGCAUUACUUUGACAGAAGACAAAACAAUUCGAACAAAUCUAUCGUUUUCUUUUAAAAUGAGCAAAUAAAAACUCCAUACUAUUAGCGAAACCAAAA